AGCCUUGAUUUCACCACAAAAUUAUUCUAAAAGAAUCCACCGCAAAUGAGGAAGCUCUACAACCACAACAAAGGCAAAAUCCACCCAUCACCACCACCACCACCACCAUCCAACACCACCACCACCAUCGACCACCUAUCUCUGCUACCGUUGGCCGUAGCCACACUCGCAGCCGCACUCGCACCCGAAGACCAAGAAGUUUUGGCAUACCUUCUCUCAUGUACCACCACCAAGAUUGACAAUAAUACCAAAACCGGAACCCAUGCACCUAAAUUCAAUUGCUACUGUUUUUCAUGCUACACGAGUUACUGGGCUCGUUGGGACGCUUCACCUAGACGUGACCUCAUACACGAAGUAAUUGAUACGUAUGAAGCUAAAUACGCGAUAACAAAUAAUAAUAAUAAGAGGAAUGGGAAGAACAAAAACAAGAAAAAGAACAAUAAGGUGACACCCUCUUCUUGUUCUCCACACGUGCCAGAGACAGCCUCGCACGUGCCGCAACUAGUUGAGGAAACUAGAAUCAAUAAUAGUGAUUGUGUUGAAGAUGAAGAUGGAUUGAUUGUUGGGACAUCAUCAGGAGAGAAAGAGAAAGGGUCAAUAAAAAAAAUGGUAAGUUUUAUUGGGGAGAGAAUAUGGGGUGUUUGGGGGAUUUGAAUUUUUUUUUAUUGAGUUAAAUGUUAUUUUGGUCCAACGUGGUUUGGACUAUUUUAUCAGUUUAAUCUAAACGUUUUAUUUCUCGUCUAUGAGUUUAAAAAUGUUUCAUCGUUGCCAUUUUAAUUCACUGGUUUAACUUCCUCUAUUUUUUCUGUUAAUGAGAAGGGCAAUUCGGUCAUUUUAUAUGUAAUUCUGUUAACUAUGAGGGCAAUUCGGCCAUGUAAAAUGACCAAAUUGCCCUUCUCGUUAACAGAAAAAAUGGAUGAGGUUAACCCAGUGGACUAAAAUGGCAAUAGUGAAACCUUUUUGGACCCACAUGCAAAAAAUGAGACCUUUGGACUAAACUGAUAAAAUGGCUCAAACCACAGGGACUAAAAUGGCAUUUAACUCUUUUUUUAUUUUUUAUAACUUUGUUAUAAGUUUAUAGAUAUUGAAGAACAGGAAACAAAUUUUUUGUGUGUUGGUAUUUUUUUGUUUUCAUUUCUUCAAGCAUAUUUAAAGUGGGAAUAUGUAAGUUAAUAAUUCUUCAUUAUCAUGUCAGUAAAUUGGAAAUGCAUGGAAAUGUUGUUAUUUCUUUGA